GCGCGUGCGAACGCGUGUGGUGAAAAGUUCAUUGGUGCUCAAGACAACGAGGAGGACGACAGCAUGAAUGGGGAAGCGUAUUGAGGAUUAAUAACGUGUCUUCGGCUCUGGAAGAGCUCCACCUAGGGCAUGGCGCUGUGCGGAGGGAAGGGGACACGUUUCUUGGGGCCCAAUGUGUACCCACAAGCCCCCGACGGAGGCUGGGGAUGGGUGGUGGCUGUGGCCUUCUUCGUGGUGGGGGCUUUCACCUACGGUAACAUUAAGAUCUUUGGCAUCUACCUCCAGGACCUGAUGGACGAGUUUGGGGAGACCAACAGUCGAGUGUCGUGGAUUGUCUCCAUCUGCGUGUUUGUCAUGACCUUUAAUGGUCCUCUCUCCGCAGUGUUGACCAACAGAUUUGGGUUCCAACCGGUCGUUAUGAUUGGAGGAUUACUUAUUGUCUCCGGUACCAUAGCAACCAGCUUUACCAGCUCUGUCAAUCAAAUGUACCUCACCUAUGGUUUAAUUGCAGGUCUGGGCUACUGUCUGACCUUCCUGCCCACCGUGACCAUCCUGUCCCAGUAUUUCACACGUCGGCGGGCUCUGGUGACGGCCGUGGCCUCCACCGGAGAGUCCCUGUCCAUGUUUGCCCUCGCACCAGCCUUUUCUGCAUUGAGGGAGCAUAUUGGCUGGCGACACACCAUGGCAGUGAUGGGAGCUUUGCAGGGCAGCGUAAUCAUCUGUGGCGCUCUGCUUCGGCCAAUCAUUAUCAAACCCGGAUCUACCCAUGAGGCGAACGGAGUGUCCCCCAAGGAACUGGAAGCUUUUAGUGCCCCAGAAAUUGCGGAGGGCACAAACCCAGAAGACUCUAUAAUAAACAAUACCUCACACGCACAAAAACACUCCCAUAGUCCAGAGAAUGACCCAACAGGGGUCUCUGUGGUCACCGGGGUCUCUGGUGAGCAGUCUCUAAAGGACCUAGACGGCAGCAGCCCGGAGGAGAAGGCGACCUUACUGCACAAAGACGCACAGGCAUCUGCGGGAAGCAUCACGGCGGAGAUUACAGAAUUUGAAAUGGAGGCGAAAAACGGCGAAGAUGCAGAGAAACCAGCGAUGAAAGACGGAGGAAUCAACUCCUGCGACGAAGAGCCGCCCGCGAAGAAUUUCAAACUUCUCGAUUUCACCGUCCUCCGAGAGUGCAGCUUCAUCCUCUACUCUCUGUUCGGACUGUUCGCCACGCUCGGCUUCUUCGCGCCCCCACUCUACAUCAUUGAGCUGAGCGUGAGCCGAGGCGUGGCGCGCGACUUCGCCAUCUACAUGCUCUCCACCAUGGCGCUGGCGGAGCUCUUCGGCCGAUGCUCCAUCGGGUGGAUUCUGUCCCGGGAGCGGUUCAGGAAGAAGAAGCUGUAUGUGCUUCUGGCGUGUGUGGUCGCCAUGACGGCGGAUCUGGUCGGGUUUACUUUGGUGACGGAGUUCUACGGCCUGGUCGUGUGCUGCUGCGUGUACGGAUUCUUCAUGGGAACCAUAUCGUGCAGCCACAUCCCCAUGCUGGCGGAGGACGACGUGGUGGGCAUAGAGAGGAUGUCUUCAGCUGCCGGUGUCUACGUGUUCAUAAACAGCUUCACUGGGCUGGCUGGACCCCCACUUGGAGGUGUGCUGGUGGACGUGACUCAGAACUAUGGAUCAGCCUUCUACUUGUGUGCAGUCGGCAUGGGAAUUAGUGCCUUGUUCCUGGGUUGUGUGAAAUGUGCGAAGAAAGGAUUCGUCUGCAGGAGGAGGACCUCAAAAGGCCCCGAAGACGACCAUGAAAGGGAAGGAGAGGCUGAGGAACCGAGUGGAGCGCACGGCCCAGACAAAAGAAUUGACGGCCCUCGGCUCGCUCUGAAGUAGACGAGCAGCCCGAGGCCACGAGAGACGUCCAGGACGUUAUACGUUUUGCCUGAGCUGAUAAGACAGGAUAAGAGCAAUAAAAGAGUCACGCCACAUGAGGGUAAAGUCUACAAGGAGGAGAAAGACCAAAAGUAUUUACGAUCUGAGGGCAUUCUUUAGAGCUUUCACUGCAUAAUAUGCUGUGCCUUAUACCUAAUGUACCAAACUGUGUGUUUUUCUAAAGUCAAUGUUCUUACAGAUGUUUAAAGCUUCAGGCGAGUGAAUAAUACCAGAACCAGGCCGGCCAACUGUGAUGGACGUGUAGCUGUGAAAACCAUACAUUGUCAUUGAAAGUGUUGAUUUGUAAUCAUAGCUUCAGCAAGCUGACAAUACAAUGUUAUGUGAUAUGAGAUAUCAAAAUCAAGUGUAGCCCUCAUAAUAUAUUUUGAUAAAGUUACGACUACUAAUAAUAAUAAGGUGUAUAUAUAUAAUAAUAUAUGAGUUUUCUAAUUUGUUUUGCUUAUUUAAAUUUCUAAUUGAGUUGGUGAUCGGUGGUCAUUGUUUUCUGGUGUGGGAGAUCAACCGCCAAUCCAGCUUCACUAUCAAUUAGAGGGGCGUGGCCUGAACGGAGGUAUGGUGGUGAAAUAGGUGACAGCAACAGCUGUUGAGGUCAAAGUCAUGGUGGGACGUCGAAGGGCUGACUGAAGAAACACACUCCUCAAUGUCAGUUUAAGGGUUUAAUGACAGAGAUGAAGACACCCUGAAACAGACAGUGCAGCAAGAUGAGCUGACAAAGUAUUACAAUUAUGCAUGUAUUAAAUAACGUAAUACACAUAUACAAAUAACGAUAUACGGUAUAUGCACAUUAACUAAUAACGUAAACAGUUCUCACAUGAAUGAGUGGAUGAACAUCUCGCCUCGAGGUGGAAUGGAUGAAUGACGAGACUAAAAUGGACGCUGACAUUAACGGAAGGCAGCGUGGCAUAUCCGGUCAGGUAAUUAGACGCUGCCCUCUAGUGGCCGGCGGUACACUCUACACUGACCAAUAGUUAUGCCUGUAGGAUCAGGUAACGAUCAGUGUGUUGAAUGUAUGCUGCCCAUUGACUAAAUGUUAGUGAUGGUGAGAUGAAGCCUCAUGAGGCAUCGAACCACUUCAGCCAAUUGGUUCGAGAAAGGGUUCAUUUCUCGAAGCUUCAUGUGCUCACGAAACCACCUAGUGGCCAAGUGUAUAAUCACAGGCAGCUGUAUCUGAACCACAUAAUGUGAUGCAUUGAAUUUGUGUGUCUGUUAUGGCUGUUGGGAAUGACUGAAUUACAAAAAUGUAUGACCAAAUCAUUUCUGUACAUAAAUCAUCACAUAUGUGCAUAAUAAAAUAUUGUAUUAAUGUAUUCUGUGUGUGUAAAUGUUCCCAACAUGGUAGUAUCAUAUGAUAUGGUAGGUUGUGAAUUAAUGUUAUUAUGAAACGCCCCCUCCAUUACACGACACACGCUUCGAAGCUUCGGCACAUCUCGUAACAACACUACUAAGUGUUAUAGUAGUGUUGAUAAUCUACUCGCGAUUAUCAUUUAGCUUCACACAUGUUGAUCUGCACCAGGAAAGCCGGAUGAGCCACAUUGGGGGCUCUUGUGAGUCAGGGGACGACAACCGAGGAAGCUGAGCUGGUUCCCGAGGCUGCUGCCUACAGACCUGCUGUUUCUUAUUCCGUCAGACAAUGCUUCCCGCUAUUCACUUCCCUUUCCCAACAUAUCAUGAGUACUCACAAACAUUUCACUGACCCUUUUGUUUAGGCUUGUGUGGACAAGUGAAACGGUCACGACCGUUUAAGGCCACUACGAUCUCCAGCAACGACUCGGGCCUGCAACGGGGGUGUGGUUGGUGUGUGUGUGCUAGGAUGUGGUGUGAGUGGAUUUGUGUUAUUUGUUUUAUUUGUGAUAUUUAUUAUAUUUGUUGUGGUGGUUGUAUUUGUGGUAUUGUAGAGGUUCUUAGGAAGAGAGAGCGAGUUAUAUACAUUUUGUGGGUUUUCGUUGUAUGGGGAUUGGUGUUUAGUUUAGUUUAGUUUAGUGAAUAAAUAUGCUGUGGCGUGCAUUAUGAAACGGUUGGCUGCACCGUCCCUCUGUUAAACACAACCCAGGACCCCGCCCAUCGUAUAUUGUACAGAGCUACAUGGGCCGGGGGUUAUAUAAGCUAUUGUCAUUAAUGUGUGCGUCUGAACCCCUUUAUUAGGUUUAAAGGUUUUGUUUUUAUAUACUAACUCGUUCAUCAUUUUUGAUUUUAUAUACUUUAACGUAUGAAUAUUUUAUGUACAUUUUGAUGCGUGUUUAGAUAAUAUAGAUUCAGAAAACGUACUAACACAAGAGCCAUUUGACCUUUCUGAAUCAAUACAACAUAAACCUUAUGAAGUCUGGAGUGGCCCUCUGUUCGUCCUGACAUUGUGUGUAACGGUCAAGAAAAACUAGGAUUUUGUUUUUCCUUCAAAUAGCAGCAGAAAUGAGCAUAUAUUUUAAAUGGUAUCCUUGAGUUGUUGUUUUUAUGGCUUUGCAUUACUUUGUGAUCUGAAUUAAGCCAUAAUCAAAAUGACCCGGGAGAGAAUGUAAAAAAAUUACUUUUAUAUAUUCAAGAGCAACUUUUUUAAAUGAGGUGUAAAGAACCGUUAUGUAUUCUGAUUUGUGUCCAUGAUUCUUGGGACAACUACUGGAACUGAAAUAAACAGAAGUCUGGGUAAAAUUCAA